CGCAAACUAGGCAUGUCUAGUUUCCAACUGUGACGAGCCACAGUUUAACCGUCGGCAGUUGCCGCUGCUGGAGUCUGCCUGAAGUCACCUCAUCUCCUCCCGUCCCGUGCUGUGCAACUUGCAGCAAGCAAAUCAGCACACAUUCGCAUCGCCCGAACAGAGCAACCCACCCCCGCGACCGAAACACACGAGGGCGCACGCACUCCGUUCCCAUAUCUGCACUUAUUUUUCUACGGCAAAAAUCUCCUCCUCCGUCCCCUACCACGAUCUCCCUCUUCCCCAACUCGCUGUUCCCCUCGCCUUCCCCGCCUUGCUGCUCCCCACGUUCUCUCCCCCGUGGUCCCGCCGGCUGCUGCAAGCUUUGCCUCAAAUCGCCCCCGAGGCCAUCAUCGCACGAUCCCCCCCACGCUCUGAGCUUGAAGAGUCUCUCUUCCAUGGCCGCGAUGUAUCGUCCCGACCCGGCGAACCCCGCCGCCCGCCGCCCGCGCCUCGCCGUGAUCCUCCUCGUUGCCUUCUUCGCCCUCCAGCUGCUCGUCUUCCUCGCCUUCCGCGGGGCGCCGUCCCCAGGCGCCCCCGGUAGCGCCGUCGCUCACGUGCCGGAGUCGCCGGGCCGUGGGGGCGACGACUCCGGCUGCGCGGGCGGGUUAGUGUACGUCUACGACCUCCCGCCCGUCUUCAACGAGGAUCUGCUCUCCAUGUGCGACAAGCUCGCGCCGCAGUACUCGUUGUGUCCGUACCUCGCCAACGACGGGCUCGGGUUCCCCGCGAAGGGGGCCAACCUGUCGGAGUUCCUGCUGCCGGCCGAGCUGGUUGGGUCGUGGUACUCCUCCGACCAGUUCGCGCUCGAGCACAUCGUCCACCGCCGCCUGCUCUCGCACCGGUGCCGCACCGCCGAUCCGGGGCGCGCUACGGCGUUCUUCGUGCCGUUCUACGCGGGACUGGCCGUCGGGCGCCACCUGUGGGCGGCCAACGCCACCGACGCCGACCGCGACAGGGACUGCGUGGCGCUGCUGUCCUGGCUCCACGCGCAGCCGUACUACAAGCGGUCCCAUGGCUGGGAUCACUUCAUCGCGCUCGGCCGCAUCACCUGGGACUUCCGCCGCUCGCCGGAUGGGGGGUGGGGCGGAAGCUUUCUCCUCAUGCCCGGGUUGGCCAACACCACCCGCCUCGUCAUCGAGCGUGACCCCUGGGACGCCAUGGACGUCGGCAUCCCCUACCCAACCAGCUUCCACCCGCGCACCGCCGCCGGCGUGCGCGCGUGGCAGCAGUACGCCCUGUCCCGCCCGCGCCCCACGCUCUUCGCCUUCGCCGGGGCCCCGCGCUCAGCCAUCAAGGGGGAUUUCCGCGCGCUGCUUCUCGAGGAGUGCCAGGCGGCCGGGGAAGGGUGCGGCGCGCUGGACUGCGGGGAGGGCAAGUGCAUCAAGCAAAACGAGCUCGUCAUGCAGCUGUUCCUCGGCGCGCGCUUCUGCCUGCAGCCGCGCGGGGACAGCUUCACGCGGCGGUCGCUGUUCGACUGCAUGGUUGCCGGCGCCGUGCCAGUGCUUUUCUGGCGGCGGAGCGCGUACCGGCAGUACGGGUGGUACGUGCCGGUGGGCAACGAUCACGAGGGCGAGUGGUCGGUGUUCAUCGACCGCGACGAGCUGCGCGCCCGCAAUGUCAGCAUUCGUGGCGUUCUGGGCGCCAUUCCAGAAGCGAAGGUGCAGCAGAUGAGGAAGCGCGUGGUGGAGAUGAUACCGAAUCUGGUCUACUCCGCUGCAGGCAAGGAGGGGCUCGGCGACGGCAUGAAGGACGCCGUGGACGUCAUGAUCGACGGCAUGCUGCGGCGAGUGGCCGAGCAGCGCCGGAGUUGGAGACUGUAAAAUCUAGUUACCGGAAUGGAUCAAAUUGAUCAUUCUUUUUUACACAUAUUUUUGUUCCUUUUUAAAAGAGAAAAUAAAAGGAGAAAGAAUCACUACCACUUGUAGUAUUAUUACUUUGUAUCAGAGAGUAGGUGUGAAUUACGAUACGGUGAUUAACAUAAUCGAGUGUAUGAAUUUGUGCAUUUC